CAAGAACCAUAGUGCAUUGCGAACUCGCUUUGACAAUUUCGGUUCACUCUUUUCCUGUUGCCACUUUGCAACAGCGGCGAGAUGUUCGGUUAUGGCAUAUUUAGGAGUGUCAUGCUUUUAAAAACCUUGACAAACGUCACAGGCCCACACUUCAAAGGCUCGCCGAAACAUUGUUAGCGUUUCUUUCCUCCAUUGUUCGAACAAUGUCGUCGAGUUCAGGCGGGUGGACCGAGACCGUGAGCCCGGACCCGUCUGCUUCGCUACCCGGCUUUGAGGCCUCGCGGUCCACCCUGGAGGGUCACACAGUCCUGAUGUCGGUUCGGGUAUCGGUGUGCCACUCUGGUAUCCGACCGCUGUGUCUGCCAGGAGCGGGCGAGGAGUCGCUAUAUUUACAACUCAGCAUGGACCCUGGGAAGUCCGGGGAAUUCCGACUCUCGCUCCGGGACAGCAGCGGAACUGCCCGAAGUGUGUGUUCAUUUCCCCACGUUCAGACCAUCGCCGAUUUUGACCUGCGGACAGUGAACUACGAGGUGAAGUCGCCCAAGUGCCAUGAGCUCAGCCUGGCCGCCCCCCCUCACGACAAGAUGAGCUUCAACUUCCGCUGUGAGCAGGAGGCCCAGGAGUGGGCCACCGUGGUGGUCUCGUCACUAAGAGAAGCGCAAAGGGUGGCCGAGGCCUUGUCCUCGAAUGACCCCCUGGUUUCCAUGGAGACGCCAGGGUCUGAGAGCUUGGUAGCCCUGCAGUGCACAGAGGACUCGUGUGUGGAGCUGAGCAGAGCUAUCGAGGUGGGGGACGUGUCGGUGGCCUCCAGCCUCGCUGCCGCCCUGGCCCGGCAGAACGCGGCUCUGAGGAUCCGCCCCGCGCCCCGGAGUGGCCCGGACCAGGAGCUCCGCUUGGCUGUUGUAGUGGAGGAUUGUUCCUCUUCCUGUUCCGUCACGGUCAAAGUCUUCCCCCACUCCACUAUUGCAGCCAUUAAACAGCAGGUCUUCCUGGAGUACGGGUUCCCCCCGAGGGUCCAGCGCUGGGUGAUCGGCCAGUGCCUGUGCGCUGACCAGCGCUCCCUCGCCUCGUACGGCGUGCGUCGGGACGGCGACACGGCCUACCUUUACCUGCUGUCGUCACGCACCGCCCGCCUGUCGCCUCAGCCAGCCAACCUCGACCAGGAGGGCACCAUCGGGGCCUCCUGGUCGCAGGGUCAUCUGGCCUCCAGCACUCUGCCUCCCAGACUGGGCCCCGGCUGCAGCCCAGGAACGGCUGGUCUUUCAGCGGGAACCGAGAGAGAGAAUAUCUCUGAAAUCAGAGAGCUCAUCAACUUGGAAAUGCCUCAACUUGGUGAAGCACUGAGCAUCGGCAGAGUAGCAUCAGGCACACAGGGUUGGCCCUGCCCCUCUUGCACCUACAUCAACAAGCCCACCCGCCCGGGCUGUGAGAUCUGCAGCACGGGCCGCCCCGAGGGCUACGCCAUCCCGGGGGCUUACCGGCCAGACCACCUGGAGCUCAGACGCAUCCAACAGGAGAAGGAGGCCGUCAGACAGUACCAACAGGCCAGGGAGGCGGAGCGCAGGGAGAACUUUGCCCGGCUGGUGCAGUUGGAUGGCCAGGAGGUGGUGUGCAACCCGGAGGCAGUAGACUGUAGGAUCUGCUAUGCGGACCUCCAGCCAGGCCAGGGUGUGCUGCUCAGGGAGUGUCUCCACUGCUUCUGCCGAGAGUGCUUGCGCUCUGUGAUCAUGCUAUGUGAGGACCCAGAGGUGGCGUGUCCCUACAGAGACGAGACGUACUCCUGCUCCUGCAUCCUGCAGGAGCGAGAGAUCAAAGCUCUGGUGUCCGGGGAGGAGUACGGCCGCUGGCUGCAGCGCGGCCUGCAGGUGGCGGAGUCGCGCUGCGAGGGCAGCUACCACUGCGCCACGGCGGACUGUCCUGGCUGGUGCGUGUACGAGGACACGGUCAACGUCUUCCACUGCCCCGUCUGCCGCCAGCACAACUGCCUGCUCUGCAAGGCGAUCCACGAGGGCAUGAACUGUAAGCAGUACCAGGACGACCUCACGUCCAGAGCCAUAAACGACUCAGCGGCCAGACGCACCAGAGAUCUGCUCAAGACCCUGGUGCAGUCGGGGGAGGCCAUGCACUGUCCUCAGUGUGGCAUCAUUGUCCAGAAGAAGGAGGGCUGUGAUUGGCUGCGCUGCACUGUCUGUCACACUGAGAUUUGCUGGGUGACCAGGGGGCCACGCUGGGGCCCCGGGGGUCCCGGGGACAACAGCGGGGGAUGCCAUUGCAACAUCAACAAGCAGAAGUGCCACCCCAAAUGUCAGAACUGCCACUAGGCCAGUGACCUGGUGUUGAGGCUCUGGAGAGAAGUCAAUCCAGAGCUGGCAUGUCAAGGGAAGUGUCCAUGGGAAAAUCUAACAGCACACAACAUGUUUACCUCCUCGUUGGUAACCUUGCGCUUGUCAUCGAUUAAAAAACACAAUGCAGUUUGAAUAUUUUCUUGGUUCAGCAGUGGCACUGGAGGGCUGAUGAUGUUUGAUGCUUAACCAUUUCACUUUUUGAAUUGUGUUGGUUAGCUUGCCUUACAAGUGCCUCUAGUUGUGAACAGGUGUCGGAAGAAGCAGGUAAUGUAGUGUCUUGGCCUUUUAAAGAAAAUAAAUAAAUAUAUAUAUAAAUAUAUAUGCACUGCAAAUUGAGCAAUACAGACAGGUUUUUGUUUUUUGUUUGUAUUUGUUUGGCUGUUAAAUAAAACGGAAGUGACCUUAUUUUUGUAGCACACCAAUGAAAAUUACUGUUACAAGGAUAUAGUUUAUGGGAUAUUUAAUCGAAUUCCAUGUAAUCCUGAUAUUGUACAUUUUGGCCUAAAAUUAAACCAAAUCUAUACGGUGA